UGCGGGUCACAUAGAGACCGAGGAAAUAUCAACAGCAUGUUCAUGGUUACUGUAUCCAUUUUUUUAGCCGCACUGCGCAUGUGCAGUGUGAAUAAUGUGGAAAAUGAGCCGUAGUCUUUUUUCUUUUAGGGUUUCUGGCUGAUUGAUGGUGUAUGUAUGUGAGUGUGUGAGUGAGAGUGUAUGUGUGAGUGUGUGAAUGCGCGCGCACGCGUGUGUGUGUGUGUGUGUGUGUGAGAGAGAGAGAGAGAGAGAAGUGGCUGAUAUUACAGGCAAGGAUCGACUUGAUUAUUCCGUCCUCCGCAUUUUGGACUUUUUUUUUUUUAAAUCAAAAUAAUGUCCGCAAAUAAAGUGAAGAAAGUGAAAAUGGCUACCAAAUCAUGUCCAGAAUGUGACCAACAGAUCCCUGUGGCCUGUAAGUCGUGCCCUUGCGGUUACGUCUUCAUCAGUCGAAAGCUGCUCAGAGAGCCGCCUGCUAUAGACAAAUCGGACGCCAAGAGAAGACGACCAGAAAGAAUAAGAAGGGAGAAGAUCAACUUGACCUCCACCAAUGAUAUGGAGAACAGGAGGCGGUCCCGCUCCAACAGCCAAUCGGAUACCAUCCGGAGAGGGCGGGGCAGGCCGAAGACCGUCGGCUUGAAGAAGCAGGAGGAGGAGAAAGAAAAACAGGAGCGGGAGGUCGAUAUUUACGCCAACCUGUCGGACGAGAAGGCUUUCGUUUUCUCCGUGGCCUUAGCCGAGAUCAACCGUAAGAUCCUGGGCCAGAGACUGAUCCUGUAAGGGGGCGGAGCCACACAUGAUUGCCAGGUGAAAGGUCAGGACUCGUGUUGCACGGCCCCCCGGGUGACGUGUGUAUCCGGGAGGAAGGCGUGGAGUCGGGACUGAUGAACGUUUGGCUCAGGUGGCUGACGGUCUGUGGAGUCACACGUGGACGGGGGAACGGUCACCGCGGCGAUUAUUUAAAUAUUGUAAACAUGGACAUGUAGGAAUCUUCUCUAUUUAUCUCUAAACAGAUUUUAUGGAAUGUAUUAAUUCAGGAGGACUGUUGUGGGUAUGUUUUUUUUUCUUUCCCUUUUAUCCAAGCGAUUUGUCAACAUGAUGCACACGUUCUCAUUCACAUCACACUAUUCUUUUGUUAUUUUUUUUAAAAAAAAGAUCAACCGGGUUUUUUUGAGCCAGCUAGACUUUAAAGCUGCUCGUACUUCCGCUAGAUGUUGCAGAACAGUUAAGGGAAGCUUAUCGCUACCAGUUUAGCAUCAUGCACACGACAUAACAUAAGCAUGACAGAAUACAUCCAUAGUAAAUAUAUAAUAACAGAUGUGAAGUAUUAUUCUCAACCGUAAAUCUUUAGGCCACGCCCCUCGCUCGAGUCUGAUGGAACGAAGUCGUUCGGGUUUGGAACCGAAAUGCGAGUGUUUUUUUUUUUAGCUCCGCGACAGUGUGGCGUGCGGCGUGAGAAACCACAUCGGCAAGUCUGAUGAUUUAGACAUGUAGUUGCACAAUGCUAAACUGGAGGCCGUCAAUCUUUUCUGACACGUCACCUACAUUAGCCGGUGCGAAAUUACAGAUGCAGAGUUCACACACCAAACAUGUCUCAGCUGCUUGUUUUUUUAUUUGCUGAACUUUCACUUUAACUUUGAAAUGUGAAAUAUUGAGCUUGUUAUACAGGCCCUGUUUACAUCUUGCAUUAACGAGCAUUUCUGCUAAUCCGGUUAUGAUUGCGCGGCAUGUCCCACUGGAGACAAGUGUGAACUUGACUGGAGAGCCUCCAGAGGUCUGGCUCGAGCUGUGAUUGUAGUACGUGUUUUCAUUUUAUUCCAUAAAACCAGGAUACAGAACCUGAUGGGAACCUUGGACAACUUUUAUAUGCUAAAUAACAUAUUUAUAUAUUGUGGAAGAGAAAUGGGGUAUAACACAGAAUGAGAUUGGAUUUGGCCGAUAGUGUGUGGCUGUAGUACCAGAGAGUGGCUACUAAAGAAGGAACCCCAGACUGGACAGAGGAGGCCCUUGCCUGGGCAGAAGCGCCCCAGACUGGACAUAGGAAGCCCGUGCUUGGGUUGAGGGAGCCCGAGACCUAGUAGAGGGAGCCCUAGACUGGACAGAAGAAGCCCCACACUGGACCGGGGAGCCACUGCUUGGGCAGAAGAAGCCCCAGACUGGACGGAGGAUGCCCCUUCUUGGGUAGAAGAAGCCCCAGACUGGACAGAGGAUGCCCCUGCUUGGGAAGAAGAAGCCCCAGACUGUACAGAUGAUGCCCCUGCUUGGGCAGAAGAAGGCCCAGACUGGACGGAGGAUGCCCCUGCUUGGGCAGAGGAACACCCAGACUGGACGGAGGAUACCCCUGCUUGGGCAGAGAGUCCCCAGACCUGGCAGAAGGGGAGUAAGCCCCUGCUUGGGCAGAGGGAGCCCCACACUGGACGGAGGGAACCCCUGCUUGGGCAGAGUCCAAGUUUCCUGCUUUCUUUCACACUUGUGUGACUUUCUCCGUGGGGCUGCAUCCGAGCGUCGUUCAGUCGUUUAUUAUGAACGUUAAUUUAAGGCGUAAACAGGGCCGUAAAGUACUGAGCGCACAAGUUAAGUAUCCUUUAUCCAGGUCACUGAUCCUAAACCUUUCCAAAGAGUUCUCCGUUUUAUCAGAUGAUUGAUGCUGUGUGUCUCACACCGACCGUGUAGUAAGCUGAUCGACUUCUUCUUGUUUUUCUUCUUCUUUUUUAAAAAAAAAAAGAAUUUUAACGUUCCGGUGAGCCAUUUUUCAUUUGUAAAUGCAUUUGAUUAACAAGGGGACUCCAAGGCUGAUGCUGGGGAACUUACUUUAUUUAUUGUUGCUUUUCCACUCUUAUUUAAGUGCAUCGUCUAUUUUAUGGCCUUUUCAUUAACGUUUAUUUCACAAAUGGUUAAAGCGUACGUAAGUGUAAUAAUCACCACGACUAUAUUAAACAUCAGAGGGAAAACA